AUGUCUAUUGGAGACAUCUUCGCCGAUGCGCAGCGCUCAUAUGUUGGCCAUAAGUCUCUUGCAAAACGCCUGAAGCGACUUGAAGGCAGCGCCGACUUCGAUGAUCAGGUCAAAGAAUGCAUCUUCCGUCUGCUCGAAGUCGCGAAAUCCGAAGCCGCUGGCAACAGAGUCGUCAAGUUCCUGACAAUAUACAUGCAAGAUGCCGAUGCCUCGAGCCCAGCCACCUCUUCGGUCCUUCUCGCGCUACUGCCGUUACUCUGCGCAAAAGACAAAACAGUGCGAUACCGCUCAACACAGCUUGUGUCGCAAAUUCUGGGUGUUCUGAGCGCCAUUGAUGAUGACUUAUACGGUGUCAUCCGACAUGAGUUGAUCAAGAGGCUGCACGACAAAGUGCCUGCCAUCAGGCUGGAGGCUGUGCUAGCGUUGGGCCGGCUGGUCGAGAACGAGAUGGACGACGAGCAGGAGGAAAAGGAAGACGAUUCGGACUCAGAUUACGAAGCUGGCCUGCUUGAGAAACUACUCGACGUGCUACAGAAUGAUUCAAACGCUGAUGUAAGACGAACUUUACUACUUAACCUGCCUAUCACCCCUACGACACUGCCCUACCUGCUCGAACGAGCCCGCGAUCGGGAUACCCCAACUCGGCGCGCUCUUUACUCCAGACUAUUGCCGAAGCUGGGCGACUUCCGUCAUCUGUCCCUGUCCAUGCGAGAGAAACUAUUGAGAUGGGGUCUGCGUGACCGAGACGAGAAAGUGCGGCAAGCCACUGCGCGUCUCUUCAGCGAGAGAUGGAUCGAGGAUUGUGCCAACACCAAGAACGUCGACGACGAGACCCACAUCAGCCAGACUGACGAUGUCGAAGAAGACGAAGAAGAAGAAGAAGAAGAAGAAGAAGAAGAAGACAGAGAAGCACCACCGGAUCAGACAGAGGCGCAGGAUGAGAAGAAGGAGGGCCAGCAGCCAAGACUACAACCAGUGAAAGAGCCAGAGACGAAAGCACCGCCGAAGGCAAGCAUACCAGCCUUGUUGGAAUUGCUGGAACGCAUCGACAUCAUGAACUCUGGCGCCGAAACCGGCGUUGGUCUGGAUGCAAUGCGGGAGUUUUGGGCAAGUCGACCAGACUAUGUCGAUGCCGUCGAGUUCGAAGACCCGUUCUGGGAGAGUCUGACCAUCGAGUCCGCCUUCAUGGCACGUUCCUUCAUCGAGUGCUGCCAACAGGACUCCGCAAACCAAGCCAAACUCGAAGAAAAGAUGCCAGAAGUGACUCGAAUUGGCUUCUACCUCCAAAGAUACCUCAACACACUUCUUGAUACCAUUCGCGCCAUCAAUAACGGCACCGGAACAGACGAGGAUCAGGCUGAUCAAGAAUUCAUCGUUGAACAGCUCCUCCAUAUCGCCCAUUACCUUGACUACACUGACGAAAUUGGUCGCCGGAAAAUGUUCUCCCUUCUCCGUGACGCCAUCUCCGUUGCCGAAUUACCAGAAGAAACCACCCGGCUAGCCGUCGAGUCCCUCCGACUGGUCUGCAAUGCCGACGCUGCUGGAGAGCGCGAGUUUACCUCGGUGGUUCUCGAAGCCAUUGCUGAAGUGCACGACACCAUCAUCCCCUCGGACCCUGAUGUGCCGGAGAACGAGGAAGAUUCGUUCGUCAGCGCCCGCAGCGACGUGUCUUCUGAAGCUGCCUCCGAUGCCACGCCCACGAAAGCCAACGGUGCAUCCCGGACCAAGAACGGCAAGAAACUCAGCAGCGAAGAGGAAGAAGCCAGGGCACUCAAGGAAAUCGUCGUCAAUCUCAAGUGCCUGCAUAUUGCACAGUGCAUGCUCCAAAACGUCACGGGCAACCUGCAGUCCAACGUCCACCUCGAAAGCAUGCUCAACAACCUCGUCAUCCCCGCCGUGCGCUCCUACGAGAUCCCCGUGCGCGAGCGUGGCGUCUUGUGCUUGGGUCUCUGCUGCAUGCUGGAGCCCAAGCUCGCGGACGAGAACACGCCACUGUUUGUGCACUGCUUGGCGCGCGGCGACGAAGGCCUGCAGGUCAUGUGCGUCAAGGUCUUGUGCGACAUCAUUCUCAGUCGGCGCCCAGAGCAGCUGGAUCUGGCGCCGUUGGUCAAGGCUUUCAAGGCCGAGAGCAAUGAGGUGCAGAGCACGGCGACGGGGAGUCUGGCCAAGUUGAUGCUCUGCGGGUUCUAUGCUGGAAACGAAGAGGCGUUUGAUGAUGCAUGUGAGGUUGCCGUGGGGCACAGUGCGAAGGGGAGUGAGUUGCUGGGCAAGGUUAGGGCGGCGGUGCAGGUUGAGGCGCGGGAGAUGGAGGCCGAAGCCGAGGGAGGUGGUGGACUGAGAGAAAAGGAGAAGGAGAAGGCGAGUACUGGUAGUCGCAGGGCGUCUGCGGAGUAG